AACAAGAUUUAACUCAACUGUCAAGUGAUUGUUGUUGUCCUUGUUGACAUUGUUGUUGUUUGUUUAUAAAAUAAAAAAUUUCAACAAUAUACCUAAAUAAUAAAAUAAAACAAUUGUCAUGACUUCAGUAAGGCGUAAUGAAAUAAUAUUAAAAGAAGAAACAAGUGAAUCUUGUAAUGAAACAUUAGAAUUUGUUGAUGACAGUGUCAUUGGAGUACAUGAUUGUGCUGAUGGUUCAAUAAGACCAAGACCACUUAUAUGUAAACCAGACAAUGUAAACAUUGAUUGUAAAUCAGAGCUAAUUGAAACGAAAUGGCAAUGGGCACCUGGUGCAUGGCAAGAUGCAACAAGAACAAGUGCAUUUCAACCCUACAAGCCUCCAACAUUACUGACAAAUCUUCAACGAGGAAAUACUAAAACAGAAAUUCCUCAAUUAUAUGCUGGUAGUGAUAUAACAUUUCAUACAUUAGCUGGACAAGGUGAGCUAACAGCUGAUGAUUUAAAAAAUGUUAAAAUUGAUGGUGUUGAUGAUGAUGGUUUAACUGGUUUAAUGUGGGCUGCUGCAUAUGGACAAAUUGGAAGUGCUAAAAUGCUUUUAAAAGCUGGUGCUGAUAAAAAUUUUAAAAAUACAGCUGGUAAUAGUGCAUUACAUUUUGCAGCAUCAUGUGGACAUCAUGAUGUUGUUAAAUUAUUAUUAAGCCAAGGAGCUGAUCCUAACAUUGUUGAUGAGGAAGGCAAUACACCACUUAUUUAUGGAGCAUAUGGAGAUCAUCCACAUGUUUGUCAUGAAUUGUUAAUUUAUAAAGCUGAUUUAACACUGAGAAAUAAUCAUAACAUCAGUGCAUAUCAUGCUGCUAUUAAAAAUAAAUCUUCUACAGCAAAAGCUGUUAUUGAAAAUUACCUGAUGCAGGACUUGGUGACUUGAUUGAUCAUUAAUUAAUAUAAUUAUUGUACAUACACAAGUAUUAUUUAAAUAUUUAUAAUUUUUAUUAAA